AUGUCAAAUAAAAUUAAGGUAGACGUAAAUGAAGAUGAAAUAUAAGUAGGUGGAGAAAUGAUACUUUGUUUAGCAGAUUAACAAUUAUUGAAUGGUGACUAAUUAAACGAAGUAGAUGAUGUACUUGAGAACGAUUAAAUUAAAGUUUAAGAUUAAAUCAAAAAAAACGAGAAAUUAAAAGAAUAAAUAAAAAAAGCACAUUAUAGUUAGAAAUAUGAUGGAGAAGAAAAAAAGGAAAUUUUAGAAAAAUAUGAUGAAAUAAAAAUAGAAAAAGAAGGUUUUUAUAUUAGUGGUGAUGGAAAAUUAAUGGAAGAACCAAAAUAGAAUGAUUUAUAAGCAAUAAAAAGUAAACUCAAUAAAAAUCAACAGAUAUCUUUAAAUGUCAUAGAUACUGUAGCAAGUGAUUAUAAACCUAGUAUUCCAACAACAUUAAUAAAAAAGAGAUUUCAGAAACCAUAAUAAGCAAAUCCUUUUGCUGAAGAAAGAAUAUCAAAGAUAGAUAAAGCUUUAUUAGAGGAAGAUGAUUAUGAAUUAUUACAAAGAUCUAUUUUAAAUUAAUAGAGAUAGAAAAUGAACUAAUAAAAUUUAAAAUAAGAAGAGAAUAUAAAAGAGCUUAUGGAAUAAAAUAAAUAAAAAGAGGAAGAGUUAUAAAAAGUAAAAUAAAGUGAAUUUAUGGUACCAUAAGUAAAAACUUAAGGAAGUGAAGUAUAAGAAAUAAAAGUCAUAGAAUAAUCAACUGAUUUCUUAAGCAAUGUAAAGACAGACAAGGAAAUGGAAGAGAUUAAUAUAAGAAUUAAUACUGGAUAUUCAAUUAGAGAUACUAAAAAUGGAACAACUUCAGUUGUAAAUGUUCGAUUGCCAACAGAGAGAAUAGUUGUAUAGAAUAGAUAAUAAUCUAAAAUGGAAUUGGAAAAUAUUAGGGAAGAUAUUUAAAAAACUGAUAUAUUAGUAGAGAAAGAGGAAUAGUAAGAUGAUUAAUAAGAAAUGGUUGAUGAAAAGUAAGAAGAUGGUAUUGAGUUUUUAGAAGAGGGAUAACAUGGUAAUGGAUUAACAGCAACAUUGGAGUUAUUGAGAAAGAGAGGAGAAUUGAAUCCAUCAAAAUACGAUUAUGUUGGUAGAAAUAAAGAUUAAAGAGUUUUUAAAGAUUAAGAACAUAAAGAUGGUGAAAUAAAUUUAGUGUAUAGAGAUCAUUCUGGAAAAUUGAUGACACCUAAAGAAGCAUUUAGAUAUUAAUGUUGGAUAUUUCAUGGAGAUGGACCAAGUAAGAAUAAAAUAGAGAAAAAGAAAAGAAGAGAUUUAAUAAGACAGAAAUAAAAGAUGAGAGCAUAAUCAGAAGGACCAUUGAUGUAGGCUUUAAAGGAGGAAUAAAAGAAAAAGGGAGUAGCACAUUUGGUUAUAGGGAAAAAGAAAUAUUGAAUUUGAUUUAAG